GGCGGCCAUGGCAGCUGUAGUGUCGGUACCUCCGGGUCCAGGCCCGGAGGAGCGGUGUGCCGCGGGCAGCAGCGGAUAUAGGGCAGAGACAGCGUUGCAUCACCUUCGCUGCUGAACCCCUAGAAUCCAUCGUUAGAGACCCGCGGGACUCUUUUCCCCAUCCAAGACUCGGAGCCGACUUUGCCGGGACUAGUGGGGCAGGUCCCAGCGCUGGGGGAGUGGGGAUCACCGUCGGGCGACCCCCUGGGGGACCGGGGCGCCCGGGAAGGAACAGGUUCGCGUGGUUUUCCUCCCCUUCCUGCUGCUACCUGGGACGUUGUGUGUGUGUGUGUGUGUGUGUCAGGGAGUGGGCCCGCCGUCCCACUCUCAUUACGACGAUCGAAGAGAAAGCUGGUUCGCAUAUUUACCCCAUUGACUUUUCCCGUCUCUGAUAAUCCACGGCAACCCGGUGACUGGCAUCAUCAGGGGACACCGACGCGGAGACCUAAGAUUGCUGCAAGUUUUCUUUGGUGCUAGGAAUAGCCAAGGGGCUUGUUGACGGCGCUGCCUCGUGAACAGAUCUGCUGGGAAGGAAUCCGAAAGUACUGAAAAGCCCUUCUCUUCCGUGGAAUCACCACGCGUGUUUAAGAACCCAAGCACCUUUAAACUCACUAGAAAGUUACAGUCUGGUGGUGGUGAGAAUAAGGAGGGCAAGAUGGAUGAUUUUGUCUCCAUUAGCUUGCUGUCUCUCGCUAUGUUGGUGGGAUGUUACGUGGCUGGAAUCAUUCCCUUGGCUGUUAAUUUCUCAGAGGAGCGGCUGAAGCUGGUGACUGUUCUGGGCGCCGGCCUUCUCUGUGGAACUGCUCUGGCCGUCAUUGUGCCGGAAGGCGUGCACGCACUCUAUGAAGAUGUUCUUGAGGGUGAGAGAGAAGGGCCUCAUGUGACGCGUAUUAUUGACAUGAAAGGAAAACACCAUCAAGCGAGUGAAACCCAGAACGUGAUCGCAUCAGACAAAGCAGCCCCGGCCCCAGCUGCCCACGACCACGAGCUGGGCCACAAGCACACAGAGCUGCAUGCCUACAUCGGCGUGUCCCUUGUGCUGGGCUUCGUUUUCAUGCUGCUGGUGGACCAGAUUGGCAGCUCCCACGUGCAUACCACUGAAGAUUCUGAAGCAGCGAGGCCCAGCAAUUCCAAGAUCACCACCACUCUGGGGCUGGUGGUCCACGCAGCAGCUGAUGGGGUCGCUUUGGGAGCAGCAGCUUCUACGUCACAGACCAGCGUCCAGUUAAUUGUGUUCGUGGCCAUAAUGUUACACAAGGCACCAGCUGCGUUUGGACUGGUCUCCUUCUUGAUGCAUGCAGGCCUCGAACGGAACCGAAUCCGGAGACAUCUGCUGGUCUUUGCACUGGCGGCACCCGUCAUGUCCAUGGUGACGUACUUGGGACUCAGUAAGAGCAGUAAAGAGGCCCUUUCAGAGGUCAACGCCACUGGAGUGGCCAUGCUCUUCUCUGCCGGGACAUUUCUCUAUGUUGCCACAGUACAUGUCCUUCCUGAGGCAGGGCUCGUUUUCUGUGCGGUGCGGCCUCUCCAGGACAACCACUUCUCCAGCCCUGGUGAUGAAGAGACUGCUGUGUCUGUUCUGAGCCCCUCAAAGAAACUACCGUGGUGUCAACCACAGCUUGUUCACGCCCUCGAAUGUCACCUGCUUCUGUCUGAGUGGAUCACCCACACCCGUUCAUGGUCUGAUCAUGGGCAGCAGUGAGAGCAAAAGUGUCUAACAAACAUUUUGGUCCCGUUUUUCCAUGCUUACCGAAAGCCCUGUUAAAUCCUGUUCUGUCUCAUGAGUGUAUAAUACUGUAUUGCUAAUUUAUUUUCACUUUCUGUACCAUUUCAAAACAUCUUACGGAAAGGGGGGAACCAAGGCUGCCUUCUUCUGAGCAGGGGAUUCAGGAAGUCUAUAAAACAAUCGGUAAAGAUGCACAAGCCAGCACCUUUGUGAAGUCCUUCGCCUGCCGUUGGAAAUAGAGCUCGUGCGCCCUCUGCUGGCCACAGACCAAAGUAGCACACGGUUUCCUACCUUGGCCGCCGCCCAUUGAGUUCACUUUUGAACCCCACAGAAGGACCAGUGUGGAAUGUCUAAGCCGUUCGGACUGUACUGAGUCUAGGGGCUUCCUCAGCUCCUUCAGAAUGCCAUGGCUACCUGGAAAUUCCUGGAGUGUCUGGUUCCGUGUUUUUUUGUAGCCCUGUGUCUUCUGAGCAGGGUCAGAGAGCAGUUCUGCUGAGCAGAGCCUUGCAGCAGUCUUUGCCGGCACACUCACGUUUGGCUGGAAAGCCCCGCAGGGUGGGGCCUCAAACUCUGGCCAGGAUUGCUGUGGCUAACUCCACAUUUGCCUUCCUCCCCGGUCCUUGCCACUAACGAGCAAACUUUUCAACUCUUAAGAGCUGUGCGUGUUCCCAGAUCUCAAAGCUGCACCCGGAGACCCACUCGGCUCUCUUGUGGCCAGCAGACAGAAAUAGCCAUAUGAAUCCUAUAGGGCUCAGUGCAUCUCCCAGUGGCAGGGGACCAGGCCGUGGGGCCGAGCUUUGCUACCACGCUGGGCAGUGGCCCAGGAAAGGCCAUGUUGAUGUCCCUGGGCUGGCACGUCGCAGCUCUGUCUCCCUCUGGUUUGAAGCUGCCCCCUUUGUGGUGGAUGCCUUAACGCUCUCACGCCUAGAGAACACUGGCAGUGCUGCCGGGAGCACAAAGGGCAUUGCUGGCCACCAAAGAGAAGCAGCUGGCCCAGACCAUGGCCCUCCCCUCUCCUUGCCAAAGGCAACCGCAACGGCCAUCCAACGCCCCUCCCUGUACUGGGGACGAGCUUUCAAACCCCCACUACCCCUGCCCCAAGGACCCCAAGGGGCUGGCCAACUUGAAAAACACUACUGAUCCACUUCUCACAUCUUCUAUAGUGACUUGCUUGUCCCUUCCCAGGUCACCAAGGCAGCCCCAUUUUUCAGGCAGAGGAAGGUUGGGCAUUGGCGCUGGUGCGACCUGCAGAGGCUGUUUGCUGCGCCCCGCCCCCACCCCCACGGUCUUGCUCCUCCUGUAUUUUGAGUCAUUAGGAAGGGAAAAAGAGCAAAACAACGAAGUGGCCAUUUUGAGCGAUUGAUUUCUUGUAGAAAGGAGAAAGCUCUAAUUGGGUCUCCUCACCAGCCUUUUUCUUAGUGUGCUGCCUGAUUUCGUUUGGUUUCUUUCUUGUGGAUUAGAGCCUCCAGGACAUGCCAGCACCAGAGUGCAGGGAGCCCCUGAAACCAGGGCUUCCUGCCACUUCCACCCCUCGUGGAGAACUUGCCUCCCCACCCAGGAGUCUCAGUCAGACUCGACACUGUACAAUAAUAACAUAGACGUAAGAAUCCCCCGGGGAUCGAGGAGAAUCUAAGCUCCUAGGCGUCGUCUUGGAAGGCAAGUUCUCAGUGGGGGUGGGGAUCAAACCAGAAGGAAGUGGCCUAGAACUCACAAUGGCUAGGUACUGACCUCGGGACCUGUUUGUCAACAGCACUGGCCCCCAAGAUUGUUCCUGCCCUUCAGGUGACUGAGACUGUUUCCUAGUCAUCCAAAUCUAAUGCCCGUCAAGUGGGCGUCCCUGCACCUGCUCUAUGUAUGGCCCAGCCGCCUGGCAACAGGAAGUACAGAAGGGACUCCGUUGUUCAGAGUGCACCUGUCAGCGAUGCCACAAAGUGGUGGAAACCUUUGUUCCAAGGCGCCAAGAUUUGCCUCAGGAGGCCGGGGACGGGCGCGUGCCAUUGUGAGCUGGAACUAGAUGCCCACACAGGACAUGGGCCUGACUCUCUGUCCUGGUGGAUCUCCGGUCGGUGACUUGGAGGUCUUGUGGGACCCAUUGCCGUUCUUGGUUCAGAAGGCUGGAUGGCACUUUUAAAUGUAUCUUUUUCUGGAUCCUUUGUAAACAUAUAAUCAUUCCAUGGAUGGCUGCCUUAUCAUUUUCUCUCCACUUUAAUUGUGAAUGGUUUGGAGAAAAAAAUACAUGGCUGUUUUUUGAUUUGUUUUAUGAUAAUAAAUUUUUAUUAGUGCA